GUUAUGUAUCUACGAAUAUAGAGGCCAUUUUUAUCUUUGGAACCCCACAACCAAACAGUGUCUUUUCUUUCCUACCGACGAAGUCUCUGCAUUUGAUGAGACGAGGACCUCGUUGGUUGGUGCUUGUGUCUGCUAUGAUUCUAAAUCUGGUGAUUACAAAAUCCUAAGAGUUCGUGAAGGUGAUUUUCCACCGGGAUCCUUUUCUAGAAUGACCCAAACUAUUGAGUUGUAUUCGUUCCAAGAGGAUUCCUGGAACCAAAUUUCUCCUAAGAAGCCCUUUGAUAAUCUUGAAGAAACAUAUAUGUAUGGUUCUAUGGCUAUAUCUGUUAGAGGUAAAUUUUAUUGGUUUAAUUUGCUUGACAGAAUUGUAUCGUUGGAUUGUAGUGAGAAAACCUUAUCUUACAUUGAUUUACCACCAGAGUGUCAUCCCUCGAUUCCCAUUGAAUGGGGUGAGCUUGUCCAGUUUAAUGGUGGAGAUUCGUUAGGUUAUGUUCGCAUUCGGAAUCGACAUCCUAAAGUUGGUAUUGAUUUUGACCUUUGGGAAUGGAGUGAAGAGUUAAAGUGGGUUGUUAAGUUUAGUGUGUCUCUUGGUGGUGCUAUGGGUACAGUACCGGCGACUAUAUGCGGAACAUUCUUGUUUCUUUAUGGAAGGUCUGGCAAACUGGGUGAUAAUGAACAUCGUCUAGUAGCUUACGAGUGGACUAAGGGAGACUGCAAGGAACUCGGUAUUGAUACUAAUGGCGUUAAAAUCCAUAUCGUUUGUUAUGUUGAGGGCACCGUUGUGCUGCCCCAUGGAAAGCUUGGAAAGGCAAUCAAUGGAUCCUCAUUUCUUAUUAAUCCUCCUUUAGUCAAGCUUCCUAACCUGUUCAUAAGGCAUUGCGGAUGCAAAGGGAACAAGGGUCCAGGAUGCGAGUGUUGUCAACCUUACAGCGAUGCCUACAAGUUUAGUGUUGAAGAUGUUGCUGCUAAUGGAUUCCGCGUCCUUCGUGAUACGGAGGAGGAGGUUGGUCCUGAUAUAUCAAAGAAUCAAUUGGCUGGAAAUCCUGAUGCACAAGGGGGAAAUAAAAAGAAAACACCUCAGGGAAACAUCUCUAGACAUCAUCUGUAUAAGAGAGAGGGUGGUUCGAACAUAUGUUCAGAUGAGUGGAAUCCAAUGGAAGCAUUGUUGAAGAGUAACGAGGUUUCUGUAACAUUUAAGCAAGAAAUCAAGAAGAUGGCGAAAGUAAUGAAGGACCUUAAAGAGGAAAACACCAUCAUGAAGAGCAAUUGCGAUAAAUCAGAUAUCACCAUCAUCGAACUGACCAACGAGCGUGAACUCUUGAAGAAACAACUGGAGGAAACGAGAAAUCAGAAGGACAAACUGGAAUCGUUGUGUCGAUCACUCCAAGCAGAGAGGAAGACAAAUUCAGCUGCCUCGGACAGUAUUCCAUAGUAAUGAACUCAGCUGUUUGGAGUGGUAUAAACUAGAUGUGGAUUCUAAGUGUUGAUGAUGUUAAAAUAUGCCAAUAAUUAAGGUUGUCCUAACAAAUUUUGUUGGCAGAGUUGAGUGAAUAGUUGGUGUUUCAGAACCGAGUUGCUAGAACUAUCUUUAUUAUGUUG